UCAUUGGUACUCGCGUGCGCUUCCUAGCGUUCGGUUCGUCGAUCAUCCGCCGCUAGCAAGUUCAAAUGUCCAACAGCCGGGCAUCUCCGCGGUGACUUUGCAUGGCCUUCUUCGACAAGUCAACUUUGCGACUGGGACACAGUACCUGAGGCGGGAGGCACCUGACGAUGGGCGCUGCCCUGUGCUGCCCUUGAUAUGGACGACGAGACUGAACCACACCGACUUUGAAAAUGGAAGAGCAGGUGGAUACCAACCUGGAGCCUUACACGGACGAAACCGGCCAGCGCGUGGGCCUGAUAACCAUGGUCAAGAUGCCAUCGUGGACCGUGACGGCGGUGUUCGGCGCCUUCUGCGCCCUGCUGCUGGUCGUCGUGGCGGUCUACUGUGGCAUCCACCUCAUGGAUGCGCCAGCGACGGCCGAGCCACAGCGUCAAACAUUAGGCUGCCAAAGUGUUGCGUGCACCCAGUUCGCCACCACGCUAAAGAAGAGCCUAUCGCGCACUGUCAGGCCGUGUGACGACUUCUACGGUCACGUGUGCGGCUCCUGGGACGCUCAGCGAACGGACACGGUCAAAAUGGCACUGCUGCAGCGAGUGGUCCACGCCGUGAAUGAGCUGAACAGGAAGGUCGAAGUCGCCACACCUGCACCACAGACAGCAGUGCAGAAAGCAGCCAUGGCUUUUCAGGCCUGCGAAGACCUGGUCGUCAAAAACCACAGUUCCAUGGAUGCCGUACGACACAUGCUCAUGGAAGCCGGUCUCUUCGCUCCGCCGGUGUGGACUGGCCCGCACGACAUGGUCAAUGCCUCAUGCUCACUGGAAACCCGCUGGCAUAUGGCACCUCUCAUCACGUUCAAACUCGAUAGGAAUGCCUCGUUGCUCGCCCUGGCUCCGAGUAUGUGGGCGAAGAAGCAUUUCGCUCGCAGGUCUCGUCGACUGCCGCAAGAGGCCGACUUCGACGCGCUGCACAAGUUCUUCGCAUCGAGUUACCCAGGUUCGCGUGCCGGGGUCGGCCCACAGUUUUCUACCGAGGACAUGACCUCGGCACAACUCUUAGGCCUAGACAACCGGAUUACGCUAGAGCUAGGCGGCGAGCUCCUGCAACCUGAGGAGUACGAAGGCAGAGAGCUCUAUGACCACAUUACAGUAGGUUCUUUUGUGCCGGGAAUCUACGGGCAAGUGUGGCGGCUGCUUCUGCACGCCUGCUUGAACCACACCGGUCCCCUAGUGUACACCUUGUACCACGCAGCUUUCGUCCGAAAGGUGCUCUCCUUACCUACAAGGAUCGGAGCACCCGCGGCACAGCAGUACCUAAGGUGGUACGUUAUCGAGACGCUGGCAGCGAACUACCAUGGACCUUGGAUAGUCGAGAUGGCCGGAAGCAAGGAACGCGCCCUACUGCAUCAGCAAUUCAAAUGCCACCGUAUGCUGCUGAAGUACGCAGGGCGGGCGUUUGUGGCACCGUACGUGCGGAACUUCUUUACCGAAGCUGUCGAGCGUGACCUGAGAACGCUGCACCGUGAUCUCACGGACGCCUACGAGUACCUUUUGCAGGCACUCAGGCCGUUGGUUCCGGCAUUCAGCUUCGGGGCUUACGACGAACGCCAUGGCCAUGACAGUCAGAAGAAUGGGACCAUCAGCGUGAACAGAGGACCUUUCGAGAUUGUGGAGAAGUCGAGUGACGCCUACCUCGAUGACGCAUACCAAAACUUCAGCGACAUGUCCGCUGAUAGCUUCGAGAAUUGGCUCCGACUCAAAGCGGGUUUCAGUCAUUCCGACAGAGACAAAGUCACUUUUCCCCAAGUUUACUCGAAACGGGUAGAACCGAUGUUUUAUGAAUUUGUUGAGAGCGGUGACCCCAACGGCGUAAAGGACUUCCGCUUGCUUCCUGACGUGAUCGCCGUUCCUUUCUACCACGCUGAGGCACCGCUGGUCUUUAAGCUCGGAAGCCUGGCGUCGUUGAUGUCGUCCGCACUAUUGUCCCUGGUGGUGGACAAGGGAUUGGUUGAUCGGGAAAACGUUUCGUGGGCAGGACAAGCCUACAACCAAAGCCAUCCUACUAGCGAAUGUGCCCGGCGCGUCGCUCAAGCACUGGAACAAGGGUCCGAGGUGACGACCCGCCUGCUGGAAGUGGCGGCCCUCCGGCAUGUCCUUAAGGCGCGCGUGCGAGGAGAAGACGCGGCAGCCUUCUUAGCGGGUAUGCCCCAGCUGUCUGGUUCUCAGCUGAAAUACGCCAUCUGGUGCUACCUGCAGUGCGGCGAGGUGCGAGGCCGCCACCGGUGCAACGCACCACUCAGAGAGCAUCCGUCGUUUGCCAACGUUUUCGCAUGUCCGGCCGCCGCGCCCAUGAGGAAAGCUGCCACCUGCGCGGCUACUCUUCUUGCUGAACGCUUGUAAGACUGCAAGCGACAAGUUUGACUCAUACGCUGUUUCAUUGAAAAAGAAAAGUCUUGUCCUGUAGCA